UUUCUAGUCUAUUCAGUCUGUGUUGCUGUUUAUCAGCACUUUGAAGCUCAGUUAUACUGCAGAGAAACAUUACUAGAGUAAGCAAGUAGUUGUCAUUUUCAAUUCAAAACUAGCCUUUUUUAAUCUUUGUUAUUUUUAAUUCAAUAUGAGCUCAUUGUAGAGAAUAACAAUUACUCCUUUUUCACAAUUUGUAACUUUUUUAAGCAGGAGUUCAGGGGAGCCCCGUCAUCCUCAGCAAACUGGGGAGAUUUUACAGUGGUAAAUGCUUGGGGGAGGUUGCAGAAGUGCCUCAUGUGAUGCCUUCUAUUCUCAGCAUAGGUUAAAAUUAGAACUAGACUGACAUUACAUUGGAGUCUGAGAGUUCUAAAUGGUUUUGGUAAUACAGACAAGAUUUGUAAUUCGUCUCCGCUCUUGUCCAGAAAGCAAUGAGUCACAGAAAAUCCUUGAAAACACCAAAUAAUUGAGGGUUUUAGCUCUCAUGUCACUGUCCCCAGCUGGUAACUGAUACAUGGGCUGAUGCGUUCCAUCAGAUUCCUGGGACUGCAUCUGAACAUGUAAAGGAUCAUGGCUGAAACUGCAGUUUGCCUUGGCACAUUCACUGCUGUGAAGACACUUUGGGAAGUGAGAAUACACAAGAUAAAUGAAGAAUUACAGAAAGAAAAGGAAUUCAGGCAGAGGUCUGCAGGAAGACUACUGCUUGUCUGGGAGGAAAGAGCUGCUUUGGCAAAGCUUAAAGAAAGAGUUAUUAAUGAAGGUGGAAGAGCAAUUUUAAGGAUAGAGGAAGAAGAAUGGAAGACACUACCUUCGUGCUUAUUGAAACUAGUCCAUCUCCAGGAAUGGCAGCUUCAUAGAACUAGUCUGCAGAAAAUUCCUCAAUUUAUUGGAAGAUUUCAGAGUCUUGUUGUUCUGGAUCUAUCCCGGAACUCAAUUGAAAGUGUACCUAAAGAAAUUGGCCAGCUGACCAGCCUCCAAGAGCUGCUUCUCAGUUACAAUAGAAUAAAGUCUGUUCCAAAGGAAAUAAGUAACUGUAUCAGUCUGGAAAGAUUGGAACUGGCUGUCAACAGGAAUAUCUGUGAUCUUCCUCCUCAGCUCAGUGAUUUAAAGAAGCUUUCACACAUAGAUUUGUGCAUGAAUCAGUUUACUACCAUCCCUUCAGCUCUCCUCAACAUGCCACAUCUAGAAUGGUUAGAUAUGGGGGGAAAUAAACUCCAGGAGCUUCCUGAUGCAAUUGACAGAAUGGAGAAUCUCCACACUUUAUGGCUCCAAAGGAAUGAGAUAAACUCUUUGCCAGAAACCAUUUGUAAUAUGAAAAAUCUUAGUACUCUUGUUCUUAGCAACAACAAGCUUAAGGAUAUUCCAGCUUGUAUGAAGGAUAUGACAAACCUGAGAUUUGUCAACUUCAGAGACAACCCACUGGAGCUAGAGAUAACCCUCCCUCCGUGUGAGGAUACAGAAGAGGAGGAGCAGCAGGAAAUGUUUGGCAUUGACUUCAUGCACAUGUAUAUCCAGGAGUCCCUCAAGAAAACAGGAAAUCUGGAAAGUUGUACUUCUCCUCCGAUCAUAAAUCCUAAUGAAUAAAGAAUGUAACUGAGAAUGGAAGACAAUACCAAGUAUACUUCUUCCCAGCAAAGAGGCCUACAACAGGUGUCAAAUAUUCUUAGGGAUUUUAUUUUUCCACUGAUGAGAACUGGUUUGCAUAUGUGUAAUGGGAAAUAUAAGACCCUUUCCUGGGUACAGGAAAGACUAAAACAUUUUUUUUGUAAACAUUGAAUUAGCUUUUUAAAAAAAUCCAGAUAAGUUUUUUAGGUUUUUUUUCCCCUAACAAUUCCAAAUCUAUCUCCUGUCACGUAGUUGGCUCUGUUAUCAAAGAUGGACUUGGGACAGCUGUCAACAGGACAUUCUCCAAGGAUACAGCAGACUCUGUGUAAUACUGUAGUGCAGCCUUGUAUCCUUGUUGUUGUAAAUAUUCAAUCCGUCCGUGAUCAAUCAGCCGUUUACAGAGGCAACCUAUCUCCUUUCGUUCUUCAACAGUAAGUAUCCUAGUGUCAUAAAAGGGAGGAAAAGAAUGAACAACAUCUGUCAGAGGAAUAGUUUGGUUAGUUAACAUUAGUAGUUAAGCUUAGAGAAACUACUGAAAUCACUAAGUUCAUUUUAGUCAGGCAACUGUGACUGUUGAUAUAUUUUGAAAUGUACAUCCAUAAAACCUGUAUUUUUAAAGUAAAGUAUUUCUGUAAGUUCAGUAAUAAGUUAAUUUCUGCAAAAUGAGCCCUUUUGAGGACCCAAAACAAUUUGAUGUGCCACUAUACAUAAUUUUGCUUUUCUGCUGGAGUCCAUUUGCUAGGAAAAAAAUUACAUACCCUUGCCAUGUAUCAGAACCACUCUCUGCCGUGCUGAAUGUUUGCUCAUGUUCUUCUGUGUCAUUAGUUUGGUCUUCACUUUCUUCACUUGUAGAGGCUUUGCUUGUGGUUUCUCGCAUGCCACAAGUGGCCCAACUACUCAUUCUCUGGAAAUAAUGGAAUUCUACUGCUCCCAGUCCAACUGAUUUAAAGAACUCUCUGCCUACAUAAUGUGUCCAGUCACACUUGUGAUGGCAACACAGAGCAAUGACAAUUCCAGCUACAGGCUUAUGGUCUUCUGUGUUGCUGUCAUUACCAGCAGCAGUGUCAGGAACCACCUCUGUCGUAGCAGUCCUACAGCGUUUUGCUGCAGGCUCUUCAUUUUCUCCAACACAGCAAUUUGAGUAACUUUCAACCAAGCAUCUCAGAGCCAGAUCUGGGAAUGAAGAUACACCACCAAAAAAGUAUCCAUAAACACCAUGCCAUUAUUUAUACAGGCUCUAUCAUGACUGGGAAUGUACUUCCCAUAAAGAAAAUCAUACAUCACAAACUAAGCCAAAACACAAUUUUAAUGAUAAAAAAAAAUUACAAACAUGCUUUGGAAACAUGAAAACCCUAAAUGCUAAAUUAAUAUUAUGAGUCCUCCAGAGCUCUUCAGGGCUUAUCCACUGGAAUAUUUGUUCUACGGAAGUGAAUUUGAAAUACUUGGGUAAUAAAUUGGCAUAUUGUAGGAGAAUCUCCUCCCUGUAAAACAUGCAACUAUUUGCUCCAGAAACUGGAUAUCAAGGACACAAUCUAUUUAAUAUGCACGUGUACUUCUUAAAUGCUUAACUGUGUCAUCUUUGUCACAAUGCCUAGAAAGGUGUCAUAUUUGAGAUAUCUUUAUGUAGUAAGCAUAUAAUGUUAGAAAAAUAUUAGUUUAAAAUUAUCAGGACAGAAACACAUUCUUAUUUGUUUGUUGGGAUACAUAUUCAAACAGUCAACACAAAUUUAAAAGAAAAAUAUUUCAAAGAGGCAACUGUGCUAAAAAAAGUACUUUGACCAGAUUACAAAUGACCCAUGCCACCACACAGUAUUCUUUGUUCUAAUCUAUAGAGCACAAGAAAGGCUUUACUUCUGCCUAAACUAUCCUUGCACCAUUAUCCUUUUACUAUUCCACGGGAGUCAAUAGGUAAUUAGAAUAUAACUGCUAUAUUCACCAACAAAGGGUUAGAGGGCAAGAAGAGCUUAAAAGGAUAGUCUGGAAGAUCAGUCCAUUCAGAGUGUAAGAUUUAGUACCCUAACUUUCUGCAGUUCACACAUCUAUAAUUCGUACCUGUUGCAGCACCACACAAAUGCUUCCCAAUUCCUACCACCGGUAGUUUUUUCUUCUCCAAAAUAGGUACCUUACCUGGAGAGGGAAAAAAGCAAACAACCAACAAACCCCCCAUGCAAUCCACAAUAACCCUAGCACCUAUAUAUUAUUAUAGUUGGGGCAACAUUUUUUCUGAAUAAAAUAAUUUCUGCACACUUAGAAAUAAAUGUUUACCACUACUAAAACUACAGUGGUUUGGUCAAAGGAAAGUUUCUUUUACUAAAACAAAUUAAAAGAAUAGGAUGCUGUGGCUGGGAAGCACAUUUAACCAUUUCAGCCUUUCUAUACUGCCUAUGAAAGGUAAAUAUGACAUUAAUGCAUCUCCUGAUGAGAGGUGUUCCCACAAAUUCUAUAGCAUUGAUGGUGCAUACUUGUACCUAAACCAAACAGUGCAAAGAUGUUUAAUCCUGCAAGUUCUAAAAAAACCUUCAAAAUGCACUUGUUUUGGUAUUUCUCACCUGUAAUGGUGUCCUGCAAGUGUACAGAGUAGAAAACUUUAAAUCUCCAUUUAAAAUGUGUGUAUAUAUACACAUGCCUGUGUGUAUAUAUGUGUAUACACAUAGCAUUAAUAUAUCCCAGCAACCACUGAGAAUCAUCUUCAAAACCAAGACCAUUUAAGCAUUCUACAUACAAACUGACUUGAACCCCAGUAUUAAAAAUUUAAGAAUAAGCCUCUAUUUCAGAGUGACACAAGCCAAGAAGGAACUUACUUAAACAUAAGUGCUGAAUAUCAACUUGAAGCCUGUCAAAUAUAGAAUCUCUUCUUUUAUGUUUUCCAUCCACCUGUUUAAACAGAACAAGAUUAUUAAGUAGGGCUGGCCACUAAUAAUUAUAAUAUUGCUCCUGGUAUUAAUGCCAGACCUUUUUCCUGUCAAGUCAACAUCUGUGAAUUUCCAACAUUAAACACCAGGAUUUUUUUUCUAAUAAAUUUGCUAUUGGCGAAGUA